AUGAAGCUGAUUUGGUGUCCUGAAAUAGCAGCAAAAGCUUAUAUUGACACUGUGAAAUUCUGUGGCCUUUCCAUGGAAUCCAGUGCUCCAGAGUUGAUAUCUGCAAUGGCCGGUGGAUGGAACGCGAAGCUAAUCGUCGAAGCGUGGACUAAUGGUGGCGCUGCCCCAAAAAAUAGCAUCGGUCUUGCAAUCGCCGCUCGUCACUCCGGUGGAAGGCACGUAUGCAUUGUAGCUGAUGAAAAGUCAAGACAAGAAUAUACUUGUGCCAUGCAAAACAGGCCUGCAGGCAUAGCAUUACCGGAAGUCAUGGUAGGAGAGGCCGAGGAGUUGAUGGGAAGACUAACUGGUAUUGAUUUUCUGGUUGUUGAUGGCCAUUGCAAGGAUUUUACCAGGGUCUUUAGUUUUGCCAAGUUUAGCCAUCUUGGUGCAGUUUUAGUAUGUAAAAAUGCUAGUAGAAAGACCUUUUCUUGGUUCAGAUGGAAUAAAGUUCUUGAUAGUGCAGUCAGCGUCGUGAAUUCAAGAAAUCUGCCAAUUGGGAGUGGAAUUGAUAUCGCAUAUGUUGCAGGUGAAAAACGAUGCUCAGGGAAAGUCACCAAAGGUUGGAUCACGCACAUGGAUCAGCAGUCCGGAGAGGAGCAUGUUUUCCGCAGAUAA